AGGCGGCGGGAGCGCCCGUCCGCACCUCCCCUCCCCUCCCCUCCCUUCCCCGGGACCCCUCUGAGCACCGGGACCCCCGGACCUCCUUUAGCACCGAUCCCCCUCAGCACCGAGCCUUGGGACAGUCCUCAGCACCGACCCUCCUCAGCACAGACCCCCGGGAUCUCUUUGCAGAACCGACCUCCCUCAGCCAACGACCCGCGGGAUCCCCCUCAGCGGCUGCGGCUGCGGGCGAGGGAUGCGCCGCGCCCCGACACCCAGGAAUAACUUGCCAAGAAGGAUGACAUGGCUGCUGUUGCCUGUUCCUUGCCCCACCAAUUUUGUGGAAAAGACAUGGACUCGUGUAUUGUUCCAGGCUCCAGUCUCUUUGUAAUUCCAGCCUUGCUAACAUGAUGACCUGACAAGAUACAGCACGGUCCUGACUAUGCAGUGCAGGGACUGAUGGGAAAGGAUCCAAUAUGAGUGUGAAUGAUGUUGGAGGCAGACGACGCUUUGAGGAUAGCGAGUACACGCUGCACAUCUACCCCGGGAGCAUCGCAGAGGGGACAAUCUACUGCCCCAUCACCGCCAGGAAAACGUCCACGGCCGCCGAGGUGAUCGAUUCGCUCAUCAACAAACUCCAGCUCGAGAAAACAAAAUGUUACGUGUUGGCCGAAGUGAAGGAGUUUGGAGGGGAGGAAUGGAUCCUCAACCCCACGGACUGCCCGGUGCAGCGCAUGAUGCUGUGGCCGCGCAUGGCGCUGGAGAACCGCAUCAGCGGCGAGGAUUAUCGCUUCCUGCUGCGGGAGAAGAACCUGGAUGGCUCCAUCCACUAUGGGAGCCUCCAGUCCUGGCUGCGGGUGACGGAGGAGCGGCGCAGGAUGGUGGAGCGGGGCUUCCUCCCCCAGCCCCCGCAGAAGGACUACGAUGACUUGUGCGGUCUGCCGGACCUGAACGAGAAAACGCUCCUGGAAAAUCUCAGAAACCGCUUCAAGCAGGAAAAAAUCUACACCUACGUGGGCAGCAUCCUCAUUGUUAUUAAUCCCUUCAAGUUCCUACCUAUUUAUAACCCCAAGUAUGUCAAGAUGUACGAUAACCAUCAGCUGGGGAAGCUGGAGCCCCACAUUUACGCUGUGGCAGACGUGGCUUACCAUGCUAUGCUCCAGAGGAAGAAGAACCAGUGCAUCGUGAUUUCAGGAGAGAGCGGCUCGGGAAAGACACAGAGCACCAACUUUCUGAUUCAUCACCUCACCGCCCUCAGCCAGAAGGGAUUUGCCAGCGGAGUAGAACAGAUUAUUCUUGGAGCUGGCCCAGUGCUUGAGGCGUUUGGAAACGCAAAAACAGCCCAUAACAACAACUCCAGUCGCUUUGGGAAAUUCAUCCAAGUGAAUUACCAGGAGACGGGCACCGUGCGAGGAGCUUAUGUUGAAAAAUACCUCCUGGAGAAGUCCCGGCUGGUCUAUCAGGAGCACAAUGAGCGGAACUACCAUGUAUUUUAUUACCUCCUGGCAGGAGCGAGCGAGGAGGAGAGAUCAGCAUUUCACCUGAAGCAGCCGGAGGAAUAUCAUUACCUCAACCAGAUGACAAAGAAACCCCUCAGACAGAGCUGGGAUGAUUAUUGCUAUGACUCGGAGCCGGAUUGUUUCUCCGUGGAAGGGGAGGACCUGAAGCACGACUUUGAGCGGCUGCAGCUCGCCAUGGAGAUGGUGGGGUUUCUGCCCAAGACACGCAGACAGAUUUUCUCUCUGCUGUCAGCAAUCCUGCACCUGGGGAACAUCCGGUACAAAAAGAAGACCUACCGGGAUGACUCCAUCGAUAUCUGCAACCCUGAAAUACUUCCUGUCGUGUCAGAGCUGCUGGAGGUGAAAGAAGAGAUGCUGUUUGAGGCCCUGGUGACCAGAAAGACAGUGACAGUGGGAGAGAAGCUGAUCUUACCAUACAAAUUGGCAGAGGCUGUGACCGUGCGGAAUUCCAUGGCCAAGUCGUUGUACAGUGCCCUGUUCGACUGGAUCGUGUUCAGGAUCAACCACGCGCUCCUUAACUCCAAGGACAUGGAGGAAAGCACCAAGACUUUAUCCAUUGGAGUGCUUGAUAUUUUUGGGUUUGAAGACUAUGAAAACAAUAGCUUUGAACAAUUCUGCAUUAACUUUGCCAACGAGCGCUUGCAGCACUACUUUAACCAACACAUCUUUAAACUGGAACAGGAGGAAUAUAGAGCAGAAGGAAUUAGCUGGCACAACAUUGACUACAUAGACAACUCCAGCUGCAUCAACCUGAUCAGCAAGAAGCCAACGGGGCUGCUCCAUCUGCUGGACGAGGAAAGCAAUUUUCCUCAAGCCACAAACCAGACACUGCUGGACAAAUUCAAGCGUCAACACGAAGGGAACUCCUACAUCGAAUUCCCGGCGGUGAUGGAGCCGGCUUUCAUCAUCAAACAUUACGCGGGCAAAGUGAAGUACGGCGUCAAGGAUUUCCGAGAGAAGAACACGGAUCACAUGCGCCCGGACAUCGUGGCUCUCCUGCGGAGCAGCAGGAACGCCUUUAUCUGCGGCAUGAUCGGGAUUGAUCCCGUGGCUGUUUUCCGCUGGGCCGUCCUGAGGGCCUUUUUCAGGGCCAUGGUCGCGUUUAGGGAGGCUGGAAAACGAUAUGUGGAGAAGAAAACUGGGCAUGAUGAUGCAGUGCCAUGUGCGGUUUUGAAAAGUGUGGAUAGUUUUAGCUUUCUCCACCACCCAGUGCAUCAGAGGAGCUUAGAGAUCCUGCAGAGGUGCAAGGAGGAGAAGUACAGUAUCACUCGGAAGAGCCCGCGGACGCCGCUCUCAGACCUCCAGGGAGUCAACACCAUCAACGAGAAGAGCCCACGGGAUGCCUACGCAGUUGGCUGGAAUGGCCGCAUGGGGAUGAGGCACAACAGGCUCGCCAGCCCCGGAGCCUUCCUGGACAAAGAUGGGAUAUUCGUCAACACUACCAACAGCAAACUGCUGGAGAGGGCCCACGGCAUCCUCAUGCGAAAUAAGAACUUCAAAGCCAAACCCAGUCUCCCAAAGCACUUGCUGGAUGUGAAGUCCCUCAAGCACCUCACGAACCUGACGUUGCACGACCGCAUCACCAAAUCUCUCCUCCACCUCCAUAAGAAGAAAAAACCACCCAGCAUCAGUGCCCAGUUCCAGGCAUCCCUCAACAAGCUGAUGGAGACCCUUGGCCAAGCAGAGCCGUAUUUUGUCAAGUGCAUCCGAUCCAACGCUGAGAAGCUGCCCCUGCGGUUCAGCGACAGCCUGGUGCUGCGGCAGCUGCGCUACACGGGGAUGCUGGAGACCGUGCGCAUUCGCCAGUCAGGAUACAGCUGCAAAUACUCCUUCCAGGAUUUUGUGAACCAUUUCCAUGUCCUUUUGCCACAAGGGAUCAGCCCGUCUAAGCACAAUAUCCAUGAUUUCUUCCGCAAGAUAAAACUUGAUCCAGACAAUUACCAAGUUGGAAGAACAAUGGUUUUCAUGAAGGAACGGGAGCGGCAGCUUCUGCAGGAUCUGCUGCACCAGGAGGUGCUGCGGAGGAUCACACUGCUGCAGCGCUGGUUCCGCAGCCUGCUCUGCAGGAGGCAGUUCCUGAGCCUGCGGCAUGCGGCCAUCAGCAUACAGAGAUUUUGGCGUAGCUACCAGAGCAGAAAAAAAGGCAAACCAUCCCCAGACCCUCUGGUCCUCAGCAAAGCCGCUGUCGUCCUGCAGACCCACUGGCGAGGCUUCGUGGAGCGGCGGAGGUUCCUGCAGAUGCAGUUUGCAGCCCAUCUCAUCCAGAGCUGCUGGCGGGAGCACGCCAGGCGCCGGCACGCCGCAGCCACCAGCAUCCAGGCGGCCUGGCGGGGACACCGCACCCGGCGGGCGUACGCAGCCCGCAGGAGCAGAGCCGUGUGCCUGCAGGCGGCGUGCCGGGGGUAUUUGGCACGGCAAAGGUUUAGAGCUUUGAAAGAGCAGCAAUUAAAAGAGAUGCAGCUGGAGAAUGGCCUGGCAGGUAGAGAAGAGGAUGGACUGGAAGCAGAUGAUGUUUUGGAAAUUAAGGGCUCUGACCCAUCUAAGUGGGAGGACGGCUCAUUUGAAGAGCGAGUGAGAGCUGUAGAACAACAUAAAUCGCUGAUGGAGAAUAAUCGGGUGAAUCACAUGGACCCACUGGACACUUCCCUGUACAAAAGGCAUGAGAGAGCCAGCAGCCAGAGCGGGAUGGACACCGAGGAGGAGGUCAUCGUGAGAGAGAGGCCCAAGUCGCUGGAGGAUCUCAACCAGAAAAAAGUGGUUCGUGCAAAGAGGGAAAGCCGGAGGAUGCGGGAACUGGAACAGGCGAAAUUCAGCUUGGAGCUGCUCAAGGUGCGCUCCACGGGCGGGCUGUCGCCUUCGGAAGAGCAGCGCUGGUCCACCGAGCUGGUGUCCGAGGCGUUGCAUUCCCCUCAGGGAACCCCGGAGAGCGAGAGCUCUCAAGGGAGCUUUGAGUUGUUAAGCUGUGAAGAUACCCCAAGUAGUAAACUCGUUUCCUUAGUCUUGGACGAGCACGACACGCAGUCGUUCUCCAUGGACUCCCUGCCCAGCAGUCCCCAGGCCCAGCUGCAGGAGAAGGAUGGGAGCAGCGAUUUGCCGGGCUGCAGACAGACCCCAGCAGACGCGGAGCUGCCCGAUAACCUCACCACGAAGGAGCGUGGGGUCAGUGACCCCCAGAAUGUUAUAAAGGCUCACCCAAGAGAAACCCUCCUUUCCAGCAACCUCCCGACUUUCUACGUUCCACCGCAAGACAAUGUGAAGGUGAAGCUGGUGGAGAAUAACCUGAGGAGUAAAGCAGUGGAAAGAGAGGAGAGGACAGUUACAUUCUCUGAGGUCAGGAAGGACUCUGAGCCAGACCAGAGCAAAGCCUUAGGAGAAGCAGAGGGAGAGGAGAAACCCUCUACCAAGAGAGAGGAACGUGGGACAGGGACAGCAGCACGGGCCCUUUCUCCAGAUUCUGUCAUCAAGAGACUGGAAAAGCUCAACGUGGAGAAGGAAGAACGCCAAAAGCAGCUUCAGCUGCAAAAUGAGAGGGAGAUGAUGGAGCAGAUCCGCCAGCAGAAGGAAAUUCUGGAGAGGCAACGCAAAGCCUUCGAGCAGCAAGGGAGGGUAGAGGCUUUGCAGAGGUUGGAGCAGAGCAGAGUGAAGGACCCUUCCCUCAAACCAGCCAAAAAAGCAGACAGCCGGCCUCAGUCAGUCCUCAUCCUGCACCCCCAGAGCAGAGGGGAGCACAGCCCCACCCCAGGCAUGGCUCCAACCUCAGCAGUGGACAUCAAGGGUCUCACUGUUGGGACCAGGGGAAGCUCUCCAGCCCACAGCGCUCCCAAAGACCGACCUGUCAGCAUGUUCGUGGAGCGAAGAGAGGGCCUGGAACCCCGCUGCCAUUCCAAACCAGCUCUGGACCCCAAGGACCACCCGGGCAGCCAUUUCUCAAGGACGGAGCGCCUCCGGCAACCUCGGAUGCCCAACCAGGGCACUGAGGAGACAAGGGCAAGCUCCAUGUUCUUCACGCCAAAAGACAAUCCCUUCGGCCUCCACAGAGAGGCAAAUCAUCAGUGCCUUUCCAAAGGUGAACUAGCACGGAAGCCGUUUAAGAUGCCGGGGUCUGGCAGAGGCGAGCAGGUGCCCAGACCGAGCCAUAAAAAGAAAGCCCGCAUGGCGCGGACGCGCUCCGAUUUCUUGACUAGAGGUACUUUUGCUGAUGGGGAGGGGGAUACGGAGGAAGAGGAUUACGAUGGCAGUUUUGAGUUCCUUCUCUCCUCUGAGCACCCUCCUCACGCCGAGGCGGUGCCUGCAGCCCGCCUGGGGCAAGCCUGUUACAGUGACUCCGAAAUGACCGUGCAGCGAUUCACCUCCGGGGAAGGCCAGGCCAAACUGCACAAAACCAUGUCCCAGGGGGAGAUUGGGAAGCUGGCGGCCACGCAGAAGAGUCUGACUCCAGAUGGGAGGCCUCAAAGAGCCAAGAUGAGGUUCUGGGUGAAGGGAAAGCAGGGGGAGAAGAAGACCCCCCGGGAGAAGCUCGCUACCCAGUCUGAGCUGCUGGAGCUGUACGCGGAGCAGGAAGCCCCUGGCAGGGAGGCCAUUCCUGGCUUGCAGCUUGGUGAAGCAGAGUUGGGUCCUCAUCACCUGACGCCCCCACGGAGUCCUGAGCUGUCGGGCAUCUACCGGCGGGAGUUCAAGGAGAACAAGGAACCCUCUCCCAAAGUGAAGCGCAAGCGCAGCGUCAAGAUCAGCAACGUGGCUCUGGAGCCCGUGCAGUGGCAGAACGACUCCCUGCAGAUCAUAACCAGUGCCAGCGACCUGAAGAGCAUGGAUGAGUUUCUCCUGAAAAAGAUGAAUGAACUGGACAACGAGGAUAGCAAGAAGGACACGCUGGUGGAUGUCGUGUUCAAGAAAGCACUGAAGGAAUUCCGACAAAACAUCUUCAGUUUUUACUCCUCAGCAUUGGCGAUGGACGAUGGGAAAAGCAUCCGCUACAAGGACCUCUAUGCCUUAUUCGAGCAGAUUCUGGAGAAGACCAUGAGGCUUGAGCAGAGGGACUGGAGUGAGUCUCCGGUUAAAGUCUGGGUCAAUACCUUCAAAGUCUUCCUGGAUGAAUAUAUGAUAGAGUACAAACCCCUGGACUACACCGCAGGGAAGGUGCCAAAAACAGAACGAAAAAAGAGAAGGAAAAAGGAAACAGAUGUGGUGGAAGAGCACAAUGGUCACAUUUUCAAGGCGACCCAAUACAGCAUCCCCACGUAUUGUGAAUAUUGUUCCUCCUUGAUCUGGAUCAUGGACAGGGCUUCUGUUUGUAAAUUAUGUAAAUAUGCUUGUCACAAGAAGUGCUGUCUUAAAACCACGACCAAGUGCUCCAAAAAGCACGACCCCGAGCUCUCCCCGCGGCAGUUCGGCGUGGAGCUGUCGCGGCUGACCAGCGAGGAGCGGGCGGUGCCGCUGCUGGUGGAGAAGCUCAUCAACUACAUCGAAAUGCACGGGCUGUACACGGAGGGCAUCUACAGGAAAUCAGGAUCCACCAACAAGAUCAAGGAGCUGCGGCAAGGCCUCGAUACAGACAUCGAUAACGUGAAUUUAGACGACUACAACAUCCACGUCAUUGCCAGCGUGUUCAAGCAGUGGCUCCGAGAUCUGCCCAACCCCCUCAUGACCUUUGAGCUCUACGAGGAGUUCCUGCGGGUGAUGGGCCUCCAGGAGAGGAAGGAGACGGUGCGUGGGGUGUACUCAGUCAUCGACCAGCUCUCCCGCACCCACCUCAGCACCCUGGAGCGCCUCAUCUUCCACCUGGUCAGGAUUGCCCUCCAAGAGGAGACCAACCGCAUGUCAGCCAACGCCUUGGCCAUCGUGUUCGCUCCCUGCAUCCUCCGCUGCCCCGACACAACAGACCCACUGCAGAGCGUUCAGGACAUCAGCAAAACCACCACUUGUGUGGAAUUAAUUGUCAUCGAGCAGAUGAACAAGUACAAGGCUCGUCUCAAGGACAUCAACAGCCUGGAGUUUGCAGAGAACAAAGCUAAGAGCCGCCUCUCCUUGAUCCGCAGAUCUAUGGACAGGGACCCUCAGCCCCAUGGUGGCCCCUCACCUUCACAGGGAGUCAUACCAAAGCACGAGGAGAAGCCCGUACUAAUUGCAGUUAGAUUUAUGAGCAUAACCCGCAGUUCAAUCCCGGGCAAAGGACGCGUGCGGCGCGGCGCCUACCCCAGCCCCGCGUCCCCUGUCACCGGGCGCUUGCCCUCAGUGACGGACGUCCCCGAGGAGACCAUGAGCAGCGAGGAGGCCAUGGAGAUGGAGGUGACAGAGCAGCAGCAGGUGGCCAUGCAGCAGGAGGAGAAGGUGCUGACCGAGCAGAUCGAGAGCCUGCAGAAGGAAAAGGAGGAGCUGACAUUCGAGAUGCUGACACUGGAGCCCCGCGCCUCCGACGACGAAACCCUCGAGUCCGAAGCCUCCAUCGGCACCGCCGACAGCUCAGAAAAUUUGAACUUUGACUCCGAAGGAGCCAUCUCCGAUCGCUCAGAGAGAAGUGUAGCACUUACCUCCCUGCGCCCUGCCAAGGCCGAGGGGCCGAGCCGGCUGCGACGGCACCCCAGGAUGCGGCUGGACCCGGCGGAGCCGUCCGACACCCCCGUCUCCUCCUCCUCCUCCUCCUCCCAGUCAUCCACCUCCUGCUUGCCCCACCUGCCCCGGAAGCGCUUCCAGAUGUACUCCAAAUCUCCUUUCUACCGAGCGGGGGGACACGGCGAGGCCCCCGAAACCCGGGCGAGCGCUGAGGGCCUGGCGGGGCCGCUCCGUUGUCCCGAGGACCGGCCGCAGUUCACCACACGCGGGACCUUCAACCCGGAGAAAGGCAAACAGAAACUGAAGAGUGUGAAAACUUCCCCCCCAAAAACCAAAGAGCCCCCGGAUGGGGGGCCUGGAGGGGGACGCAAGAGGAACCCCGAGGCCGAUUGCGCUGCCGCCCAACCCCUUGUCCUCCUGGGGAGCAACGAGUUCAUGGUCUGAGAUGCUCCACCCCAGGGCUGCAUUCGUGCCGGGGCAUCCUCCCCAUCAGCAGUGCUCUGAUGGUUUCCUCGUUAAUGCCAGGGGGAUGAAUUCUUAAUUAAAAAGGCCGGGAGGGGACGGUUUUAAUGGUGGCCUUAAUGGUUUGGGGGGGUUGAGACCUUCGGGUGGCCAGGGGGUGGACCGGGAUGGGAGGCCCUGGCCGGCUCCUGGCCCUUCCCCUCGGAGCAUCCCACGUCUCGGAGCAUCCGCCGCCAGAUCCUUGUGCCGAAUCGCCGUCGGUAGGAGCAAACCAAGCCUGGAACUCCCAUGGGAGCACCCCGAGCUGGCUCCACUGCAGCCAAGCCGUCCGCGCUUUAACUGCCUCAUCCACGCCAACGCUGAGCGCAUGGAAAAGUGUUAAAACCUGCCAAAAAUAACCUUUUCCCUUUGGUUUUUUAUUUUUUAAUGAGACCUAACCACCUUUCCUCUUUUUUUUCUUUUUUUUUUUUUUGAGACCAUCAGUAUUAAAAAAUAAUAAUAAUUAAUAAUAAUCGAGGACUACUUGAAGCGA